AUGACUUGGCUCUCUACGUUGAACUUGGGUCGUGGUGGGGUGUCUAAGACUUCGGAGGCUCUGGCUUCCUUUGAUGAUUGGCGUCGCAGAGGAUAUUCCUGUGUCCUCGGCCCCGGGGAGGCCAACGAUCGAGUGGUCGCGGGCCUUUGUGAAUUCAUUUAUGAGGGCGCCUGCGUGCCUCUUGACUUUGCGUUCGCGCUUCGCCACUAUUUGUCGGUCUCCGAUCAUUUCGCAGUUUCUUACUGCUUCGAUUUCGCGCCGUGGCGCUCUCUGCGCUCUCCGUCUCGUGUUCCUCUUGCCGACUGCAGUGAAGACGAGAUUGCGGCUAAAUUCGUUUCCUGUUUUGUCCAGCAUGAGUUUGCAGAGCUGCUUGAGGCUGGUGAUGUUGACGGCGCCUGGGCUUUGCUUAGCGGCGCCGCCGAGCGUGCAAUGACCAAGAUGCCCCUUGCUGCUGCGGUGCCUCGCUCCGACCUUUGGGUUCCUGUUGAGACUCCCGCUGUUGCCAAGGGUGCUAGAAGUGAUGAACCGGUUCGGCUUCGUCAGCUUCGUCGCCUCCACAGGCGAUUACUGCAGCUCCAGCGCCAUCCCGAUGACGCGUGCUUGUGUGCUACGGCGCUUCGCUCGCUCUCUGCUCUUGCCACCGUGGUCCCGGAGUUGUGCUCUUGGCGGGAUGGCUCUCUCACUGAGAUUGCCGCCUGUACUGUUGCCGCCAUCUCUAGGUUUGACGCCGAGCUUAAGGCCGAUAGGCUUGCGCGUUGGAAAACUGAGGUGAGCCUUUCGCAGCGCAAGGCCAUCGCUUGGGUUAAACAGAGGGUUGCUGCUGAGGCGGACGGCCUUCCCCCCCGCAGUCGCGAUCCUGCUGUUCCUGUUCGUGCGGUGCAUCCAGUGAGUGUGAUUCGUGAGGCCGAGGAGGAGUGGCUUCCUCUUUGGUCUCGUGAGGCUCCUUCUACUGAGGCUUUUGAAGUGCUUUUGCGUGAGGUUGGAGGUGCUCAGUCUCCGUCCCAAGGCAAGGUUGCUUGGUGUGGCAAAGCUCUUCGUCGCGGCGCCAAGGCCAUGUGUGGCCGUGUUGCGGGGCAUGAUUGUUGGGGGCCUGAGGACCUCAUCCGUCUGCCUGACGCUUGGUUUGAUGCGCUCGCUGACCUUUGGCGGACUGUUUGGUCGACCGGUCGCAUUCCCGCCACUUGGCAACGUGCCAGGGUCUCCUUGCUGCCGAAGCCCGACGGCGGUUGGCGGCCUUUGUCCAUCACGCCGGUGGUUUGGCGCCUCGGGUCUCAGCACGUUGUUCGUUAUCUCCGUCCGUGGUGUGCUUCUUGGGCCUCGCCUCACAUCCUGGGGGGCCUCGCCCAGCGCUCCGUCGAGCAAGCGCAUGUUCGCAUCAACGAGGCCAUGACUGACUGUGCUGCUCGUCUCUUUGUUGCCCAGGACCUGAGCAAGUGUUUCGACUGCAUCUCGCUUGAGCUGGCUCUCUGUGCCCUCCGGCAUUGGGGUGCCCCUUGUGAGCUUAUUGCUCUGUUGAAGUCGUUUUACUCCGGUCAGGAAAGGCUUUUCAGCUUCGCGGGCCAUGUCGGUGGCAAGUGGCAUGCCGUCACCAACGGCAUCUUGCAGGGCUGCCCGCUUAGCCCUCUCGUUGCUGCUGCUCUGCUGCAAGUGUGGGCUUUGCUUGUCUGCCGUGACGGCGUUGAUGGCGUCAUCUACAUAGAUGACAGGACUUUGUGGUCUGAUGCCAUUGGCGUUGCUGCUGACCAUGCCAUGCGUGCUGCUCUGCUCCGGUCGUCGCGCUUCGAUGCUGCCUGCCUGUUCGCUUGCAGGCCUCGCAAGUGCCAGGUUGCUUCUUCCCGCUUGGAGCUGUACGCUGACUUCGUCCAGGACAUUGGUUACCCUGCCAGUGGAGAACUGAACGUUUUGGGGCUGCGCCAUCAAUCCAGUGGCGGUUGUGUGCCGGCUAAAGGCGAUGUGGUUGAGCUCGCUCUGCGAUGCCGCUUCCUGCGCAUCCUCGGUCUUCCUUACGGGGCUCGUGCUGCCAUUCUCCGGUGUUUGGUCACUUCCAAGUUCUCAUGGAUCGCCUCGGUCGCCACUGAGGUUCCUUGUGACUUCGCUGCACUGCGGACGGAGAUCAGCCUUGCUUUGAUCGGCCAUCUUGCUCUCCGUGACUGCCCCCGGGCCUUGGUCUACGAGAUCUUUGGCUGGGAUUGCGACCCCAGGUUUGCCUUCGAGUGGGCCUCGUUGCAGGCUGCUGUCAGGUGGCAGCUUCGGCUUCCAGUUUGGCAUGAGCAGGUUUGUCUUCGCUUCGCGCUGAAGCAGUGGCCUGUUCUUCUUCCUGGUUCCGCGAAGGUCCUCAGCAGUCUGGCUUGGUGGGCUUCAGCUGAUGGGGCCGUCAUCCACCGCAGUGAUGGGGCUGGUCGCGUCCGCUCGUUCAGGAUCGGGGUCGACAGCCUGUCAUGCUUGCGCGGCUGGCUCAAGCAUGAGUUCAAGCGCCGUGCCUUGGCCGACGUGUGCCGUGUUGCCACUUCGCUUCACCGACAUGACGACCCGACUCUCGCGCAGGGCAUACUGUUGCCUAAGCCUGCCGCUCACCUUGCUUUGUCUGCAAAAGCACACCACAGAGUUUUCUUCGAGCAGGGUGUUUCCCGGUCUACUCGGGUGGUUUGCUUAGGCUCGGGGUGUUCGGUUUGGUUCCAGAACGCGUUCCACAAGCGACCUCGGCAGCAGUGGCACACCCGCUGCCUGUGUGGGCUGGAGAUGCCUAGCCGGCCUCACCUCGUUUUUCAGUGUCAGGCGUUCGCUUCGGUUCGCCUUGCUCAAGGCGUCACUUCGCCAGUCAAUCGAGCUGAAGAACGACUUCUCGCUGUAGCUGUGCCGGAGCUUCCGCCUCCUCCGGAGGCCCGUCUUGUCAGUGAAGCUCGUGACGAAGUCUCGAGACUGCUUGAGGCCGCUGUCCAGGGCGGUGCUGCACUCUUGCUGUGUGCUACCGACGGUUCUGCCAAGGAAUCUGUGGCUGGGUGGUCUGUGGCCGUUGAAGCAACCGGCACGGCUGUGUCGCUGCUGGAGACUGAAGAUCACCUGCCCUUCAUCGCCGAGGUCGUCGCUUUGGUCGUCUUCUUCGAGGCGCUCGUGAGCCUUGCCGCGCGGCUUCCUCUGCCAAGGGUUUACGUUUUGUGUGACUGCCAGGCUGCCUUGAAGGUCUGUGCUCCAACUUACAGUGGGCCGUUUCUUGUUCUUGCACGCCGCGUCCAGGAUGCCUUCCGGUCGCUGCACAGAUAUGGAGUCGACUACACCUGUUCCUGGGUGCCUGCGCACGGUCGUGCCUCUCAGGGUUGGCGGCCACCCGAGGGUGUUGAAGCUGCUCGCGCCAGGAGGAUCAACGCGGUCGCCGACGAUGCGGCCAAGCAGUGUGUACUCCGUGCCUGGCACGGGUCGGCGAGGCGAGCUUGGCACCGCCAGGUCGCCGCUGCACAGGUCCGUGAGUUGCAGUACCUCCGUGCCGCUUCCGAGGUUGCAGCGAGGUACACGCAGUGGGUCGCUUAG